AUGGCUACUCGACCUGACGAAUCCGUGACCCCAAUGGACGUCGACGACAUCGACCCCAAGCUCCAGCAAUCAGCAUCCACAAACACUAUAGACGACGAUGACGAUGACGACCCCGUCACGGCCACCUACAACGUCUUCAUAAAUCCCUCCCUCCCGCUGGGCCGUCGCCUACUCAUCCUCCAGCACCCAAACACCGCCAGCGACACCCCUCAGGCCGCACCCACCGAGCUCCGCCUCAAGACCCGCGCAGGCAUGGUCGAGGUCGACCUGCCCCUCGACCACAGCGUCGCCUACGACCGCGAGAAGGGUCUCAAGUGGGGAAAGGGCCUGCAAGCUUCCAUGGCGGCCAAGAAUGGUGGUAGUCAUGGUCUGGCUGGUGGUUUUGGCGUUGGUGGUGUGCAGGGUCGUGGUGGGAGGAAGAAGACUGAGGAGGACGCUGAUAACCUGGACUGGGCUGAGGCUGUCCGACAGGACAAGGUGUUGAGGACGCAGACUCUGGGUGGACAUUAUCCCAAAACUCAGAAACAGCUACACAUGGUUGGCGUCUUUCAAGGGAAGGAGCUCCAUCUCACCCCCGUCUCAUCCCUCGUUAUGCUUCGUCCUCAGCUACACCACAUAGACGCAGCCGUUCAACUCGAUCGCCAAGCCAACUCAAAGGAUGCAGGCCCAUCUUCAGGUGCUGGCACAGCCCGGGCUAUCCACAUGACAGUCAAGACCACCGGAGACGGCGAUACAGUCACUACCGAAACCAUGGCUGACCGCCUACGCGCCGUCCAGUCCGAAAACUGGCGCAAUCUGCGCUUCACCGACGAGAACGAGGAGGCCGCCUGGGAGGUUUACAACGAGAGUCUGUUUCUGCGUCCCACUGAGGACGAAACUCAGGACGAGGAGACAAAGGGCAAGGAGACAAAGGUUGACGCCGCUGCAAAGGAGGAGCGGCCGUUGGAGGAUUCUGUUCCCCAUUUGGGUCGCAAGUGGGAUGAUGACGAGUACUUUGAGGCUGUCUUCAAAGUGAAGAAGCCCAAACCCGGCUUCCCAAGCGAAUCUUAG